UUUUCGACCUGCAAAGAUUGAUCAAGUGCGGCUGUCUGACGUCAUCCUGUGCAUGUUCUGUAAACCGUGACAGAAACGUGUUUGUAGCAACUGGAUGACUAAUCCGGCAGACGAAUUGUCAUCCAUCGACGUUUAGAACCUGUAAGAAAUUCUCUGCACAUUUAUACCGCUGGUCGGCAACUCAGACAGAUAUGGAAGAAAUAAAAGAUUCAUUUAACAGCAAAGAGGAAUCUAACUUCUCGUAUGAAAUGCCUAAAAAUGAUUCUCCUUUAUUGGACAUGGGAGAUUUUGAAACAUUGGAAUCCUCUUUAAAUGUGUCUAGUGGAUUCGCCGGCGAUCGCAAUCUCGAAAAAGAUGUUUUUGAUGAACCCUUCGAAACUUUGCAAUCGGGAUUGACAUCUACGACGCGCCCUCUCGUUACCAGUAAUGAAGAAGAAUUAAUAGAAACCGGUAAGGGUGUUUCCCCAUCACUAGUUGGUGCUAAUCUCCUUGAUUAUGUAAAUGUCGAACAAGGUUCGUCAUUGAUAGGUAAUAGUGCCGAUACUCGAGUGGAAGAUUCUUUCCGCGAUCCGGUUCCCGAGCCACAACAACGCAGCGACGGCGACCAGUUAUUGAUCGACGAAGAGGACGACGACAGCAGUCAACGCGCUGACGAAUCCGAGCGCUCUGUAAGUGCUACUGAAAGCAAGAACUUCUCGCCCCUAUCAUCAAGCAAAGUACACGAAUCUGAGCUAUUAGAGACAUUGCCAAAAAUUAAAGAUCCGAAAAUAGACACAAAACCGAAAGCCGAGUCAGAUAAUUACGAGUCGAGUUAUCCUGCGUAUGAGCCAGCUGCGCAACCUGUAAAAAGCGAGGUCGCCAUGGAGGCUGAAAAGGUUGGAAAUGCCACCGAGAAUAAAGAUGAAUGUGAAUGUCCAUUUUCUCCAGGUGCAUGGUUUAAUCCUGACAAACUGCAUCCCGUUGUUGCAAAGUAUGUGUAUUGGCAAGAUCCCAAAAAGAGUGGCAUAGCAUUGGGUGCUUCACUUGUUCUCCUCCUCUCCUUUAAAUAUUUCUCAGUCAUUAGUGUUAUAGCAUACUUGACUUUGGCAUUGUUGUGCGUUACAGUUUCUUUCCGAAUUUACAAAAAUGUUCUACAAGCUGUCCAAAAAUCAAAUGAAGGACAUCCCUUCAAAGAAUACUUGGAAAUGGAUAUUGCUUUAUCCCAAGACAAUGUUAGCCACACAGUGGAAUCCCUUAUACAACACGUGAACUGUGCAACUGCAAAGUUACGCAGCUUGAUUCUUGUGGAGGAUCUUGUUGAUACUAUCAAGCUUGCAAUCUUGGCUUGGUGUAUGACUUACGUUGGGGCUUGGUUCAAUUUCUUGACCCUUGUUAUUUUAGCUGAUGUGACAGCCUUUACACUUCCAAAAGUGUAUGAAACAAACAAAACCGAAAUUGAUGCAUAUGCUGAGUUGGUUCGCACAAAAGGAAAAGAAAUCAUUGAAAUGGUAAAUGCUAAGAUGCCAAUGGGCAAAAAGAAGAAAGAGCAGUAAACAGAUUUACCAUUCCUUCUUCAUUAUUUCUUUUUAUAAUUGAGGCUGAAAAAAAAAGACUUGCAUGUAAUGUACUUAUGUGAGAAUCAUGCUUGAAUAAAGUGUUGUAACUAGCCACUUUUUUUUGUAGAUAGAUGUCAGAAACACAUUUUUUUUUAAUUCCCCCAUGCACUAAUGAAUUUAAUAUUACAAAUUUAAAAAAAAUGUUUGUAAUUUUUUUAAGUGUACAUGCAAAAGAAAAAAAGACUUUAUACACUAGUGUAAAAUGCUAUUUGUGGUUCAAUAUUUUGAAGUUCUUUAAUAUAGUCCUGUUGUCCAAUUUCAAGAUUAGUGAUUUAUCAUUGUGAUAAGCAUCCUGAUGUGAUUUAUGUGUUGAUUUUUGUGUAUAUCAAUGUAUUCCAAUUUCUCACACUAUAUGCUCAUGUAUAAGCUUGUUUCUUUAUUGCUUAAUAUGUUGCCAUCUUCAGGAAUUCUCAGCUUGUUAAAUGUUUAUUAUAAAUUUUUGUCUAAGCAUGUUAAAACUUAUUGUAGAGCUCCUUAACAAUUAAAUAAAGUUGGCUUGUUAUACACUUCGAAAAA